CGGCGGGCGCGGUGGAGGGUGGAAGGUGGAGGGUGGUGGGGGGCGAGCGUGCGCCCGCGCCCCCCCACCCCCAGUUCCUGCACGCCGAUCCCUAGAGGGUGAGGUGACUCUUGAGUGACAGUGCCCUAGCGACCCAGCGGAGGAAUCAUCGUCCGGCCUGUGCGCCGGGGAGCGGCGGGCGCCCCAGAGUCUCUAGAAGCUGAAAUCCAUCAUCAUCAUUCUUCAAAAUGCAAUGGAAUGUACCAAGGACUGUGUUCCGACUGGCACAUAGGACGUGUGUGGAACCACAUAAAGCUGGUCUUCUUGGACUCUGUCAAAACAUAAAAGGAGCAUUACAUUUGCAUUAUGCUGACUCGAGAGUAACUUCCGUGCAGAACUCUCAUAAACAAUGCUUGCAUGUAUCUGCUGCUCAGUGUAUUGCAAAGGAAAGGAAGCCAUUUGAUGUUCAUCCAUCCCAACCAGGGAGCCUUUGCCAGGAGAAAUGGGUACAGGAUAUUUUACCCAAAAGGGUUCUGUCAUCCAGUGCCACAUCUCCAGGAACUCCUCCAGAAAAGAAGGAAGAACUUGAUCCUUUACAGGAUAAAUCCAUUAGCCUUUAUCAGCGAUUCAAGAAAACAUUUCGACAGUAUGGAAAAGUCUUGAUUCCAGUGCAUCUAAUAACUUCUGGUAUUUGGUUUGGAACAUUUUAUUAUGCAGCCAUGAAAGGAGUGAAUGUUGUUCCUUUUCUAGAACUCGUGGGGUUGCCUGACAGCAUAGUAAACAUUCUGAAGAAUUCCCAGAGUGGGAAUGCACUGACAGCUUACGCCUUGUUUAAGAUUGCGACUCCUGCCCGAUACACGGUGACUCUGGGAGGGACCUCCUUCACUGUUAAGUAUCUACGAAGCCGUGGGUACAUGUCAACACCUCCUCCUGUGAAGGAGUAUCUGCAGGACAGGAUGGAAGAGACAAAGGAGCUGCUCACGGAGAAAAUGGAAGAAACAAAAGAUAGACUCACUGAAAAAUUACAAGAAACCAAAGAGAAAGUUUCCUUUAAGAAAAAAAUGGAAUAGGGUGCCUUAUAUGACAGAGGGUAGGAAAUUCUUGCACUUUUAACCCUUCAGGAACUACGGACAAAGAUACAUCUGAUUAUUAUUACAUUAUUUUUUGUUAGUUGCCUAAAUAUUAUAACUUCUCUGAGGGUUAAAGAACUAGGAUACCUUUUUAAAUUUAAACAUUACUAGGGGAAAAAAACAAAUCAUUGUUUUUUUAAAAAGAGAAAAAGCCAGGAUAAGAGUUGGGCUUUAAGAGCAACAUUAAGCAGAGGCUAACAUCUUGUGUUAGAACUCUUUUUCAAGUUCUUCAGAAUCAUACUUGUUUUAUAUUCUAUUGCAGUUAUGAUUGAUAUGGUAAGGCAGUCUAUGUCUUCGAUUAACCAGGAUACUAAACUAGAUUUUCAACUUUGUGUUAGUCAUUGAAAUUUUAACUGUAAUUAGUUUCAUUGACAGUGUUAUUGAAACUGUGAGUAAGAGGAUGAAAAAACAGUAUAUAACAAUUCAGUGCCAAUUGAACUACAGACUUUGUAUGAAUAAAAAUUGAGUUAUAUAUGUAGUUAAGAUGUAUGAGUUAUCCAUAAAAAAAUGAACUUUUUUUUUUAACCUAAAACAUGUCAUAAUGAGAAAAUUUAAAGCCAAUAUAUACUGCCAUACUCCUUUUUCUCCUGGGCCAUAAAGCUCUCCUAUGAAUCCUUUGUGUCCUGUUGAGGUCAUCUUUCAGAUGGAAAAUGAAAACUAUCUUACUUGAAGCUCAUUAUUGAAAUCCCAUUUCUUAAGCAGCAUCUUAAGAUUGUGAUUCUCAGGCAAACAACAGGUCUGGAAGUGUGGCAUUGGAUCUUCAUGGGACUGGCUUCAUUUCCUGCUGCAAGGAAGGGAAGAGGCUUUUAUCUCCUUCCACCAACUGACUCCUUUGUCUCACAGCUAUUAUGGAUCUCAUUAUGGAGUGAAUUUUUCACAUUGUAACUGCUCCCCCCUCCCCCAACAUUGCAAUGCUCCUCAGAAUAUUUUACUAGAAAUUUUUAGUAGAGAACUUAAUAAAGAAAGAAUCUGCUUGGAAUGAAAUUCAGCUGUCAUAUACAAGUCUCCAUGAUUUUCUGGUUGUUUGAGAGUAUAUAUUUAUGUUCCUUUUACUCUUUUUACUUCAGUGCUAAACUUUGGCCUUUUUCGAGGCUGUUGUUAAUGUUCUAUGUGAUAGAAUUAGGUGAACAAUCCUGCAGGGAGCUUGCAGUAGGUAGAUAGUUGGGCCAAAUUUCGAUAAUUGUAUUCAAGGAGGAAAGACUUCCAUCUGCCGCAUCUAACCAUUACGUUAGAAUACUGUCGAGUUAAUAUGCUACAGCUGGAACCGUUUUAGGUGGCAGUUGGUAGAGUGACGAGAGCACUUGCUCUGCGGAUUGGCAGGGUGACUUGUUGCCUGACACAGGUGACUACACCAACACACUGUUUCAAAGUUAAACACAGCUGCUAUGAAGUAGCUCAUAUAUAUAUUAUUGUUGUAGUUGUUGGAUAGGACAGAGAAAUGGAGAGAAGAGGGGAAGAUAGGGGGAGAGAAAGAUAGACGCCUGCAGACCUGCUUCACGGCCUGCAAAGCAACUCCCCUGCAGGUGAGGAGCCGGGAGCUCGAAAUGGGAUCCUUAGUCUGGUCCUUGUGCUUUGCGCCACCUGCGCUUAACCCGAUGUGCUACUGCCUGACUCCCGUAACUCAUUUUUACAGAAAUUAAAUACUAAGAUAUUUCUUGUU